UUGAGGCCCUAGGUGUGAAUACAAACUUACCUUACAUUCUUGUUGAUAAGUUCGUACUGUUGAUAAGUUCACCAUUUCUGUGAAAAGAAAAAAUGGGCCGAGCUCCCUGUUGUGAUAAAAUGGGAGUAAAGAAGGGUCCUUGGACAGCUGAAGAGGAUCGAAUACUCAUAGAUUUUAUUCACAGAAAUGGCUACGGGAACUGGCGUGCUCUGCCUAAGCAAGCAGGUUCUAAAAGACUUUCAAGAUGCGGGAAAAGCUGUCGUCUGCGGUGGAUUAAUUAUCUCAGACCAGAUAUCAAACGUGGGAAUUUCACUUAUGAAGAGGAGGAGGCUAUUAUUAAACUUCACAAACUUAUGGGCAACAGAUGGUCUGCCAUUGCCUCACGCCUGCCUGGAAGAACAGAUAAUGAGAUAAAGAAUGUGUGGAAUACCCACUUGAAGAAAAGGCUUCCGCAAAUGGAAACAGAUCCAGUGAAAUCUGCAGUGCCAACUGAUUCAAGCCUCCCUAAGAUUUCUCUUGAUUACUCCGAGUGCAGUGAAAAAAGUCCUUCAAUGAAGAAGGAUAUGCUUGCACACAAUUCAGUUCUAACUCAACCAAAAGCUUCAUCUUAUCACCCCCCCACAACCUCUAACUUGUCUGAUUUGGACGAUCUGUCAAGUGAAAUCUUUUCAUCUACAGACAACGAAACUUUCAAUCCAGGCACAAACUUGGAUUGGGUUCAGUUUAAUUGUACAGAAUCUUUUGAUGCAUCACUUGGGUGCCGACAAUACCCAACUACCAUGGAAGACCAUACCAAAAGCCAAGACUUAGUACCAGAUGAGACAUUUAUCUUGGGUAACCCUAAUUUUGGAGAUGAAGAAAGGAGAGAAGAUCUCUAUCUCAUGUUUGCAACCGCAGAACAUGAUAUGUUGAAUGGCAUAUGUGGUGCAAACACAGAUACCCAUCAGCUCUGGAAUGGGGAAUUUCAAGGUAAUGAUGAUGAUUGUGAUAGCAUGGAUUACUGGUUGAAAGUUUUGAGGCAAACCGGGCCGCCACCAACGUUGUAAAAUGUUGAACCACUUUCUGAAGCUUGAUAUGUGUCUCCCAUAGAGGGAGUUCUUUGAAGUAUCUAAAGUGGAUAGCAAAAUUGU